AUGAUUUCAACAAUCGGCACAACAACAAUUCAAACAACAGCACCAAACUCUUUAGUCAUGAAUCCAACAUCUAUGUUAGUAGAAAUGAAAAGCUUCAUUCCUUCUUCAUAUACUUUUGAAACAGAAAUCCAGAAGAUAAAGCAAGAACUUUUAACAAGUAAUUUAGACUGUAGUGCGAAAGAUGAAACAAAUGAACAGUAUCUUUAUGAAAUGCAGGACAUUAUUGACCAUUUACCCAAAUUGCCUGAAAUCCAACAACAAAAACUCACUAUUCCUGAAUUCGACGAAAUAGAAGUCAAAGCAACUGACUCAGUAGAAAUAAAGAAGUUCAUACGAAAGGUAAACUAUGAGUUUCUAGGAUUUCAUUGCAACCAUAAGGUUAUGGACAAAGAUUGCGACAUGGUAUAUAAGAAUGUUUCUGACAUAUAUAAAUCUGAAGAAUUUAAGACCUACGACAACUUUGUUUCAUUAGUUGCAAAAUGUGUAUGG